AUGACAAAUUUCAGCCUGCUGUUUGACCUGAUCUGGUUUUAUCCCACUCUUACGGAAGACUCAGCAGUUUUCAUACGGAUUUUUCUAAAUAUUACAGUCACUGAAGAUCUUGUCAGAAGACGUGCAGAACAUAACAACUGUGAAAUGUAUCUUGACAAAUGGUGUCGAGAUUUAAAAAUUCUCUAUCUUCAGAAUAAUCUAAUUCCAAAAAUUGAAAAUGUGGGCAAAUUAAAGAAGCUGGAAUAUUUAAAUGUAGCUUUGAACAACAUUGAAAGAAUUGAAAAUCUGGAAGGCUGUGAAGAACUGAAGAAACUUGACCUGACAGCAAAUUUCAUUGGUGAACUCUCCAGUAUUGAAGCCCUAAAAUGUAAUAUACAUCUGAAGGAACUGUUUCUAGUGGGUAACCCCUGUACUGAAUUUGAAGGUUAUAGACAAUUCGUGGUGGCAACUCUUCAUCAAUUAAAAUGUCUGGAUAGUAAAGAAAUAGAACGUUCAGAGAGGAUUCAAGCACUUCAAAACUACCCAGAAGUGAAACAGAAAAUCAGAGAACAGGAACAAGCUUACCUUCUCAAAAGGGCCAGAGAAAAAGAAGAAGGUCAAAGAAGGAUGCAAGAAAGAAAGGACAAGAAAAAAACCCAAAUGGAAUCUAAGCUUGGAUGUGACAGCCCAGACUCCCUACAGAACACAGAAAACCAUCAGGCAGAAGGAGACAGAGAACAAGAAAUGUGGAAAACAGUUGAAGAUGAUGAAGACAGAAGAUUUUGGGAGGAGCCUACACCGUACACUCCAGAAUCUAGACUAGAAACUCACAGAUACAUUGAAGAAAAACGGAGAGCUAAAGACAAUAUAAGGGAAUCAAAAAAGAGAGAGAAGCCUCUUUGGACAUUGGUCACUGCAGAAGGAAAGGUUCUGAAUGUGAAUGUGCCUAAGCUUCAUUUCUCUUUGAGAGAUGAUGAAGAAAACAACCAGAUCAUCUUGGAUCUUGCUGUUUACAGACAUUUAGACACUUCUCUGAUUGAUGUUGAUGUCCAGCCAACUUACAUACGAGUACUGGUGAAGGGAAAGCCUUUUCAGCUUGUGCUCCCUGAGGAAGUGAAGCCAGACAGCAGCUCUGCUAAAAGAUCACAAACAACUGGUCAUUUAGUUGUCAGCAUGCCAAAGGCUAAAGAAAUAAUCCUGGUUAAGCAAAAAGUAUCUAUGUCAAUUAAAGAUUCUGACUGCAAUACACUGCAAAAAAAUGCAAGAAGGAGUGUACAAGUUGAGAAAUUAGAAGCGGAUCCCAGUAAAUAUUCAUUCCCUGAUGUGACAAAGAUAAUUCAAGAAAAGGAACGAAUUGGACAGGGACCUAUUAGCCUACAAGCAGAGAAGAUUACAGUGACUAAGAAGAGCUAUGUUGAUUUUGAAAAUAAUGAAGAUGUUCCUCCCUUAAUUUGA